AUGCUCUUAUUCCCUCUUCCCCACUUCCCACGUUUUCCGAUCUACAGUUGUUCUUCGUCUGCAACCAAACGAAGAGGAACCGCCAUGGCGGCAAAGCUUCUGAGCAGACUUCGGCAGCUCGACACUCGUCUAAUCUCACUGCAACAUCAGCGCCCGUUCUUCCGCAAUGCCCGGCUCUUUUCCGGCCAGCAAAUUCCAUCUUCUGAUUCUCACCCUUCUCUGCCUCCAACUCCCACACCGACACCGCUCCCUCCGCCGAGUGCCGGUAGUGCCGGCGAGAAGCGCCAGAGGACGUCUUCUCUCAAGGACCACGAGCUGGCUAAAUUCGCCGCCAUUUCUGAUACCUGGUGGGAUUCUGAAGGGCCGUUUAAGCCACUGCAUGCGAUGAAUCCUACCAGACUUGCUUUCAUUAGAUCCACUCUCUGUCGACAUUUCAGCAAGGACCCUAAUGUGCCCAAACCAUUUGAUGGAUUGGAAAUUGUUGAUGUUGGUUGUGGCGGUGGGAUUCUUUCCGAGCCUUUGGCACGAUUGGGAGCAACUGUGACGGGAGUUGAUGCAGUGGAGAAGAAUAUCAAGAUCGCACACCUUCAUGCUGAUUUGGAUCCUACAACAUCUACCAUCGAUUAUGUUUGCACAACUGCAGAAAAACUAGUUGAGGAGGGAAGGCAAUUUGAUGCUGUGAUGUCACUGGAGGUAUUCAUAAUCAAUAUUUCUGUGCUCAAAAUUUCUGAUUCUAGACUGCAGCAUUAUUUUUCCUUUAGAUCUAUCCAUUUGGUUGCAACUUCCAUUCACGUAAUUGAGCACGUAGCUGAUCCUGCAGAGUUCUGCAAGUCUUUAGCAGCAUUAACUCGCCCAGGUGGAGCCGUGGUGAUCUCAACGAUCAACAGAUCUAUCAGAGCAUAUGCAGCUGCUAUAGUUGCUGCUGAAUACAUUCUCCAUUGGCUUCCUCGUGGCACGCACCAGUGGUCUAGUUUCCUCACUCCUGAAGAGCUGGUCAUGAUCCUAAAACGGUCUUCUAUAGAUGUUGAAGAAAUGGCUGGUUUUGUGUUGAACCCUUUAACCGGGAAGUGGCUUCUAUCUGACGAUGUUAGUGUGAAUUUUAUCGCCUUCGCCACAAAGAAGGCAGAAGGCUGAGCUCGUCUCAUCGCAGUCAAUCGUAGUACAACGGAAGAACGUAAGGGUACUCUUAGAGCAGCAUACACAAACGAAACAGCAGAAGAUCUAUCAUUGUCACUGAUUACAAGGGACCAAGUUCAGUGGCCUACAUUUCAGUGAAUUGCUUGUUUAGUUCUCCAUGUGACUUAUGGCAGAAAAAAAGUAAAUUUCUUCUUGUAAUAUCAUUAGCUUUGACCACAUGUAAAGCAGCCUUCUCUUCACAAAGAGAUGAAGUCUUCAUCUCAUCACCUCUGGUAGUACGUUUGCCCUGAUUGUUGGCUCAAGGGAAACAAGAAAAAGGCUGGACCAACUUAUCUAUAGGUACUGAUUAGCAACUUGAGCAUGACUGUUUAUAGGACCACAAAGAAAAGGUUCAACCAAUUCAUAAUGAUUCCCAAGUACCAACUUGUGGUAUUACUCUCAUUGAUAAUCAUAGACAGUCCUAAUGCCAGACAGCAUGGUGUACUAUCCUUGGC